CUGACCAUGAACAUGUGUAUAAGUUUGUACAGGGUUCUGUUUCAUACUUAUGACCUAAAUAGCUGAAUCAGUUUUUACACAAGGAUUGAAGGAAAGGGGAAUAAAAUGAAAAACAAGUUAAAAAAUACAACAAAAGUUCCGGAAAAAUACUCAGAAAUCUCCCAAGCCGAGUUGUGCUGUACUUGUGUAAGAAGGAUCAGAAAGCAGAGCUUGGGCACAUGACCUCAAGCUACUCAGUGCAAAUGAGGGAGCAUAUCCUCAGGUUUUUGGCACAAAGGGUUUCUUGCUGUUCGAAGCAUACUAUCAGCUAAACCAGUUCUGGAUGCAGUGCAAACUUUGGCAGUAGAAGAAAUGGUUGGAUACUCUCUGAAGAUUGAAGGCAAUGAGGAACCAAAUGGGAAAUCUUUUAAAAGUUCUCACUUGCACAGAGCUUGAUCAGGGGCCAAAUUUUUUCCUUGACUUUGAAAAUGCACAGCCCACAGAUGGAGAAAGGGAGGUAUGGAAUCAGAUCAGUGCAGUUUUACAGGACUCGGAAAGUAUGCUUGCAGACCUUCAGGCUUACAAAGGAGCAGGACAAGAAAUUAGAGAUGCAAUACAAAAUCCCAAUGAUAUCCAGUUGCAAGAAAAAGCAUGGAAUUCAGUCUGUCCUCUGGUUGUAAGGCUGAAGCGCUUUUAUGAGUUUUCACUCAGAUUAGAGAAAGCUCUGCAGAGCUUACUGGAAUCAUUGACCUGCCCUCCUUACACUCCGACUCAGCACCUGGAACGGGAACAGGCUCUAGCAAAAGAGUUUGCAGAAAUAUUACAUUUUACUCUUCGUUUUGAUGAACUUAAGAUGAGAAACCCAGCAAUUCAGAACGACUUCAGUUAUUACAGGCGGACAAUAAGUCGCAACAGAAUAAACAACAUGCAUCUAGACAUUGAGAAUGAAGUGAACAAUGAAAUGGCCAAUAGGAUGUCCCUGUUUUAUGCAGAAGCCACACCAAUGCUGAAGACACUCAGUAAUGCAACGACACAUUUUGUAUCAGAAAACAAAACAUUACCAAUUGAAAAUACGACGGAUUGUCUAAGCACUAUGGCCAGUGUAUGUAAAGUCAUGUUGGAAACACCAGAGUAUAGGAGUAGAUUCACCAGUGAAGAGACCCUUAUGUUCUGCAUGCGAGUAAUGGUGGGAGUUAUUAUUCUGUAUGAUCACGUUCAUCCUGUGGGAGCUUUCUCAAAGACAUCAAAGAUUGAUCUAGUGCAGUUCAUAUAUUAUUGUUCAAUAGUGGCAUGCUUCUGUUCCCAGAUGAAGGGAUGCAUAAAAGUUUUAAAGGAACAACCACCUGACACUGUGGAAGGACUUCUGAAUGCUCUCAGGUUCACUACAAAACACCUGAAUGAUGAAUCUACUUCAAAACAAAUUCGAGCUAUGCUGCAGUAGUAUCCUGAGACAAGUAGAUGUUUGUAUUGAUCACAGAAGAUGUGUAUGUUUACAUAAUUUAAUACAGUUUGAUGUUAAUACUUGUGUGUAUUUACAUAACCAUUUUCUUCACAUUGCUAAAAAUAUAUGAAUCUGUUCAUAACCUGACUGACUUCAUAUAGUGCAACCUGUUUUUAUGCUAGGCUUUGUCUUCUGACCUUUAAAAUACUUUUUUACUUAGAUACUUCAGUUAUGACAGUUUAUCUGUGCAUUUUAAUCCUUAAACACCUUCUCUAUCAGAGAAUUAAGUAGUAGUGAAGACAAAAUGGAAAUCAAAUAAACUGAAAUGUCAAAGGUACCACAAAAAAGGAACUUUGAAGAAGGAGAAAGUUAACAAGAGGGAAAGGAAAAUUCAUUGGAUGUGUUAUAAGAACAUGUGCAUAGUUUUUUGGUCAGUUUUAGGAUCUCAUCAAUCUACUAUGAAUAGGACAAUACCUGAAUGUUCAUCACUCUCAUAAAACACAUUGUCUUUCCUGUAAUAAGUGGAGAUCCACCUAAUUUUAAGAAUUAUGUGGUGGCUGUCAUCCAAAAAUGUAUUGCAAAGAGAUAAUUUUACCUUUUUAAUUAAGUAUAAUGUACCUUUCAACAAUUGAGGAAAUUAAUAUCCUUUUUCAGAUUCAAUAUAAAUAAACAGAAAAUGUGUUUAAAGACCAUUGAUAAAUUUUGAAAAGUCUGAAUAAUUUUAUUAGAUUUAGAAAGAAAAGGGAAAAUACUAAUGCCUUGACUUAACUGGACAGAGUUUGUCAGUGUAAAUUUAUCAGAAUGAACAUUAGCUCUUUGGCAGCUCUAGCUGGUAAGUAAUUUUUUUGCUGAUCUAAACUGGGACACUCUUCUGUAGCAGCAAAUUUCCCUAGUGUCAAAUUGGCCUCAUCAAACUAGGGAUGAUAUAAAUUUAAGAGCUGAGCUGUUCUUAGGAACUCAAGUUCCUUACAAUGUUAUUCAUUAGAUGAUUCAGAGUCAACACAGAAAUAUUUGUCAGCUGACUGCUCUUCAUUGGUUUUUGAGAUGUGAUUGAUACUUCAAGGAGUUGAGUUCCUUGCUGCGUUGUUUGUUCUUACUUUCUAGUAAAUUUUCCAGUAAAUGGAAUAGAAAUACUUUGCCAAAAGCAGCAAAGUGCUCAUGCUCUGUUAAGUGUGUGUCUUCUGGGUGGUCUGCAGUUGCUGUACAUAUUUUUGCAGAGGUCACGUUCUGAAAAUGUGUUUGAUUUUGUGUACUUUGCUUGCAUUAUAUGUGUGAAAACUCCAGUGCUUGUGCACAGAUUCAGAUUUACAUUUGCUUAUUCCUGUGUACAUAUAUCAGGGUUUGUAUGCUUUCACUGGAAUUUUCAUGCAUAUCACUUCUAAAAACAUUACCUUAAGACUUUGAAGAUGCAUUUGGUCUGCUGAAACUUGGCUGCGCUGUGACAAAUUGUAUCAUUGAACUCAGUUCUUAAACAGUAUUAAUAUCACAAGUUCUCUGGAAUAGGGAUUGACUUAAGAGUUUAUUUCUGAGCAGAACAACCACUAUAAUGUUUCUCAGACCUGAUCAGAACCCACAGGUGCCAACAUCAUACAUGUGGUGAUACUGGACAGCACCACAUCUCCAGCAUUCCUGUCACACGCCUGCGGUUGCAGCAGCCGAUCACUGUGUUGUCGGGAACAGAAUUAGAACUCACAUUAGUUUUUGUUGGUUCUUUUUUCUGGAAGCAAUGAUCACACUGUUUUUUCCCAGUAGUAAAUCCACUGUUUACAAGCUCCAUUUUUAAUGAGAGGACAUUUAAAAAGGUAUAUUAGAGAAAAUCCUGCUUUGUUCAUAGUCACUUCCAGUUAGGUGAAUCUAGGUGGAUGACAGACCAUUCUGUUGAGCUUUGAAGUUAAUACAUGCUUACCUGCAAUUAUUUGUCAAACAAUGAAGUCUUCUCUUUAAGUAGCCCAGAGAAAAGCUAUUUGUCACUUGUAUAAUAAAAGUGUAAACCUUAAAUCAUUCCGUGAGUUGUCAUGUGCUGUUUGCUGAAGUCACAGAAUUUCUUUGCCUGCUUUGAUGUUUUUGUACAGAAGUUUGUUUGGAAUAAUAAAAAGUUUGGU